UUGAUUAGAAGGGUUCAUAAAACUAAAUGUGCUGCCACCAUAGUAUGAAGCCUUACACAAGAAGCCCAGAAGAGUCGGAACCCGCAAAUCCAGUUUCCGCACUACCCGAGCCUCAAGCUCGGGGUCAAUAGUAACGCGUGGGGAGUGCAUCUGGGGUAGGGCAGUAUGGGAUUCGUUCGCAUAGCCAGCUAGUUCUUUCUCCGGGUCCGAGAUUUUUUUGGCUGGCGCAAGAUCAUUCGGCAUAGAAUCAUUGUGCGUAUCGUUUUUAGGUUCAGUCACAGCGCCGCUGUCAGCUGCAUGCUUCUUCCCGAAGAACCGCAUGGUGGGUUGGGUGAAUGAAAAAUUGACGAGCUGGAGGAUGUGGAGGAAAAGCUGCGAGGGCAAACGAUCUUAUAAGUGCACUCGCAGCAACGGAGGAUUUCCCAUCGCGGGCGUGAUCAAUAUUGGGGGUGAUCUACACACCAAACCACCGCUAUCGGCCACUCACCGACGCGCGAGCUGGGUCGAGCUCAGCCCACGGGUGACGCCAUUAUUGCAGAGGCGGGGAAAGGGGACGCAAAGAAUUGUCGGAAAAGAAAGCUCUCGCCGGGUGUCAAAGCCCUCGCAGGACAUUCACGAAUGGAAGAGAGCGAAUAAUGAUGGAGAAUACGUGCAAAACUUGCAAAAUGAUCUUCGGGGAAACUCUGGGCGACCCCGGGAGUUGGAGAACAAGCCCAAUCACCACGGGAGGGCCAAAGCUUGGAGAAAGCCUAGGUCCGACCACAGAAGUCGAUGAAACGUCGCUUCAUGUCAGGGCAAAGACAGAGAGGCUGGGGAUGCAGGGGAGACUGAGACUCUGCAAGGGCCCUUGCCUCUGGAUAGGUUUUGUCGCGAACUACUCCCAACAUGCAAGAGUGAGG